AUGGUGUCGGCAGCCAGCAGUUUUUAUCUGCAAGUCUCCGUGCACCUGGGGGCAGCUUUGGCUGCAAUGGCUAUUCACUGUCUCCCAAAGCUCAUGUGGAGUCUUUCGUCUGCAGUGGACUGCAGAGGCGGCGUCCAUUUUAUAUUUGGAGUUAUAGGUAUGGCACUCAAAUGGCAAGUGAUGCAACUCAUCAUAGUGGUAGCAAUAUACGGCUUCGUUGCAUCAGGAUACGAAACGAACGAUUUCAAAGUAACCUCAAUCCCAAGAUCAUCAGGACUAUAUUACGAUCACGUAGGACAAAUAGAGAUAUACAGUACCACAUGGAGAAUAGUCACAUAUCAACUCACAAAACACAAAACCAGAAGAAAGAGAGGAGUAUUCAACUUCGUUGGACAGGUAAGUAAGAUACUGUUCGGAACAUUGGACGAAGCAGACGCAGCGUACUAUAAGGAAAGAAUAGAUGCUAUGGAAAGGAACUCUGAAGGGUUGCUGAGGUUAACUAAGGAACAAGUGGCAGUGGUAAGGGCCACAUUAGCGGGAGUAAACAGAACAGUAUAUACACUAGAAUCAAAUGAACACAUUCUAAGGACAGGCAUGCAGAGACUAGAAAGGUUCACGAAAGAAUACGUGAAGGAAACAGAUAUGGGUUUCAAACAGGGAAUACUUCAGCCUCACAUUAUUAAUCCAGUGCAAAUUGUGAAGUAUCUAAGUUUAAUCCGAGACAAAUUAAAAGACGUGAAGUUUCCUGUUCCUCUCGCGGAGUCGUCAGGCUACCUCUUGUUAAGAAUAAUCGAUCUAGAUGUUUUCAUUUCCGGUAGCAUACUAGGGUACGUAAUUAAUAUCCCUUUAAUAGACAAUAAUAAUUUCAAUUUGUACAGAGUUCUCCCAUUACCAAAGGAGAUCCCAAAUAUGAAAGGAAGGUACAUAUACAUACAGCCAGAGAAAGAAUUUCUACUGAUAGAUGAAUCCAAAAGGCAAUACGCGAAACUUUCUGUGGAUGAUUUAAAAUGUAAAGAAUUGAGUACGAACAAAAGACUGUGCAGACAGUCAUUUGCAUUGCUAUCGACAUUCGACCAUGAGGAAUGCGAAGCCAAAUUAUUACAACCGGUAAGAGAAAUUCCAGAAGAUUGUGUGCAAAAGAUAGUCGCACUGAAUCAGAGCCUUUGGACCCAUCUAAACAGUAACGAAUGGCUAUAUGUAGCUCCUAAGGAAGAAGGACUGACAGUAUUAUGUGGAAAGGAACCCCCGAAGGAUUUAUUAAUGAAAGGGGUAGGAAAGAUAAGUUUUUAUAGCAAAUGUAAAGGGUAUGGAACGAGGGUGUUCAUACAAACAGAUAGAGUAAUUCAUAGUAACGUAACAAAGAAGGAUAUAAUACCUCAAAUUAAUUUAGAAUUUGACUGUUGUGUAGUAAACGAAGAAAAGAAGAAUGUCUCAAUGCUAACUUUAGAUUUACCACUGGAGCAGGUAGUAACACAAUUAGACGACUUGAAAGUCGCUGGGAAAAGGUUGGACGAUGUCCAGCGGAUGGCAGAAAGGCAGGAGGAGGAACUAAAAUACUCCAGAUACUUUACCCAUUACUCAGCAGAAUCCAUUACGGCGGCAAAUUGGUUCUGCAUAGCGAACCGCCGCGGGGCCCCGCGCGGCCGACCCACCCUCCGCAGCCCACGGCCGGCGCCCGCCGUCUACAAACAAAGGCCGCCCGCCGCCGUCGCCCGCCCCCACUUCCACCGGCGCCGCUUGCUUUUCCCUCCAGGCCUGACCAGCCUCCUUCCCGCUUCUCUUGUUUCUGGAUAA